CUUUCCUUUUCCUUAUCCUCAAGUACCUUACAACACUAAAAAAGCUACUUUACUAUCCACCAUCCAUUCCACAUCAUGAAGUUCUCAAUCGCCGCCGCCCUUUCCGUAGUUGCUGCCGCCUUGGUCAUGUCCGCCGAAGCUGGCCCAAUCAAGAUCCCAAUCGGUGACUCGGUUGAGGAAGCCAGCAUUGGUUGCAGACUGACAAACAGCUGCCCUGCUAAUGUCAAGGAAGCCGACUCGGUUGAGGAAGCCAGCAUUGGUUGCAGACUGACAAACAGCUGCCCUGCUAAUGUCAAGGAAGCCGACUCGGUUGAGGAAGCCAGCAUUGGUUGCAGAUUGACAAACAGCUGCCCUUAAGAUUAAGGUCAAGAAAGCCAACCUUGAAAUAAACUCAGAGAUGAUACUGGCUAUGUACAGGGAUAACUUAAAUCCACAAGUGAUCGGUAUGAUGGAGCUCCUUUGAUUCUAUAGAAAAUAAGACCAGAAAUAAAGCUUAAAAUAUUAUGAAC